AAUCUCUCAUUAAUUACAGCCUGUUUCAUAAUGAUAUCCUGCGCCACAUAUCGUUCCUGGCCAUCGCCCUCUUUACUCUAUUUGAAAAGCGAGAAAUCCGAAUUUCAUGUAACUGACGUCGAGGGGUCAUGGAUAGUGUCAUUAUAUUCGAUUGGCGAUUUUGUCGGUUGUCUCUUCAGUCCCAGUCUAGUCGACAGAAUUGGCCGAAAAUACACCCUUCUUGUGUUUGCAAUUCCAAGUUUAAUUGGCUGUCUUUUAAUCACAACUGCAAACAACGUAAACUAUCUCUUCGUUGGAAGAUUCAUUGGCGGAAUUGGACAUGGCGGAAUCUUUAACUUAAUUGUCAUCUACGUCAGCGAAAUUUCCGAGAAGAACAUUAGAGGAAUACUAAUGAACAUCAUGAAUAUUGCCUCUAACAUAGGCACAUGCAUCUUCACCGCAAUUGGUGCAUACUUAUCAUAUCAAAUCUACAACAUCACAUCAAUAACAAUACCAAUUUUAUUUCUCGCCACAUUUAUUUUCAUGCCCGAAUCACCAUAUUUUCUUCUCAUGAAAAACAGAGACAAUGACGCAAUGGCGAGUAUCAUGAAACUACGUGGCGUUAGAAAUCAAAAAUCGAUCGAAUCCGAAUUAACAAGCAUCAAACUGUCCAUCACUUCGUUUAGAAAUCAGAAAAUUAACAAAAGUCCCCUAAGAGAAUUGUUCAGCAACAGAAAUCAUAGGAGGGGACUAUUUAUUCUCUUGUGCCUAAAAGCGACACAAUUUCUAGCUGGUAAAAUGGUGAUAUCGGCGUAUACACAGGAAAUAUUUGGCUAUACGGAUUCGACAUUAGCUCCGGAGCAUUGUGUUAUGAUUUUGGGAGGAAUUGAUUUUAUUGCUGGACUUGUUGUUGGUGGUGUUAUCGAACGAUUUAGUAGGAAGAUCCUACUGUUGACGUCGGGAAUUCUAACAUCAUUGUGUCUAUUUAUUUGUGGUUUGUUCUUCUAUUUGAAGAAUCAGGUUAGGUUGGAUGUUACGGACAUAUCGUGGAUUCCACUGUUCGGAUUGGUUGUCUACAUGUUCGCCUACACGCUAGGAAUUGGCACCAUACCCUACAUGGUUUUGGGCGAAAUAUUUCCGAUCAGUGUCAAAGGCACUGCCGUAUCGAUUGGAUUAAUGAUGGGAUCAAUAUUCUCCUUUCUCGUCACAUUAACCUACAGUUAUGUCAAUCAUUUCGCAGGAAUUCAUACAAAUUUUUGGAUAUACGCCGCUUGCUCCUUCAUUGGCGCUAUUGUCAAUUUUAAAUUAACACCCGAAACCAAAGGGAAAACUUUAGAGGAAAUUCAAACUAUGCUGCAAACGUAAAUUUACUAACGUGAUUACGGCAUAAGUCACAUUCAUCUCAACUGAAUUUAAAAAACUUAGUUAGAACAAGUAAAUUAGAAUUAGCACAGGGUUGCCACAAACAUUUAAUUUUCUUUUUCCCUGAUUUUCAGACUUUUUCCCUGACACUAAAAA